AAUACACAACGAUUGACGAGAGUUCACAUUUGACAAGGGCAGACAUCUAGAACGUUUCAGUGUUAUCUCGUUUCAGUCAGAGAUGAGUACUUUCAUUCCCUUAAACAACAAUAACAGCAAUGUGUGGCCCAACGUGAUGGAUGUAUCACACCAAAGUUCUAAACGACAGAGGAUGGAUGAGUCCCUGGAGGAAAUCAACCAACAGUCACAUGGAGUUCCUCCCUGUUCUUGUGGUAGGAAAUUCUUGCCAGUGAGAAAGAAUGAGACAACUUAUAUCACAGAAUCCUGGCGAUCGACUGGGACAUCACUCUUCAAGCCUUUAGUCCAGGAUAUUUUCGUGAACUUAGUGAAGUAUGAACAGUUCAGUGUCUCUGAGGGCUCAUUUUUUGUUGCAGAUGCUUAUGGAAACUACUCAAAUUCAGUUCAAGGUCAUGUGUUACACAUGUGGAGGUACGACAAAGCAAAGAAAGAGCUAUUUAUAGCACAGUCUAUUCUCUUCACCUGUCCACAGGACUUGGCUGUGAUACAAGCUGUACUGUAUUCCAUUUAGUACAUUCCUCCACCAGGUACCGCUUUAGAAGGGAGUUGACUUCAUGUAAAUGCCUAAAGCUGACCGGUUACAUGUACAGAAGAUUUCCAGAUGUAUUUAGUGACAAAGACAGUUCCAUACUCCAUAUCAGUGAACUUGUGUUGACACACCAGCACUAGCUUUGUAAUGAUGUGUGCUGGUGACAUGGAUGGUGCUAUUUGUGACUCAACUGUAUUGUACAAAAGCCAUUUAAGUGUUUCUUGGUCCUCAAAUAGGUGCAUUAUACAAUACUGGACCUGCUAAACAUAGUCUGUGUGUUGGUGUUCGUGGUGACACAGAAGGUGCUAUACUGAUUAAUACUACAGUAGUCAGCUACUGUAUUUGUUUAAAACGGUGCCUGUAUGACCUUUAGAAUCAUAAACAAACUUGUGUUAUACCUACUAUAUGUAUUUGUCAAUAAGCCUAAACCUGGUAAUAAGCCCACCCAUAUCUGGUGAUAUGGCCAACCAUACCUGGUUAUAAGUCCACCCAUACCUGGUUAUAAGUCCACCCAUACCUGAUAAUAAGUCCACCCAUACCUGGUUAUAAGUCCACCCAUACCUGGUUAUAAGGCCAACCAUACCUGGUUAUAAGUCCACCCAUACCUGGUUAUAAGUCCACCCAUACCUGGUAAUAAGUCCACCCAUAUCUGGUAAUAAGUCCACCCUAUCUGAUAAUAAGUCCACCCAUACCUGGUUAUAAGUCCACCCCAUACCUGGUGAUAAGUCGACCCAUACCUGAUAAUAAGUCCACCCAUACCUGGUAAUAAGUCCACCCCAUACCUGGUGAUAAGUCGACCCAUACCUGAUAAUAAGUCCACCCCAUACCUGGUAAUAAGUCCACCCAUACCUGGUAAUAAGUCCACCCUAUCUGAUAAUAAGUCCACCCUAUCUGAUAAUAAGUCCACCCUAUCUGAUAAUAAGUCCACCCAUACCUGAUAAUAAGUCGACCCCAUACCUGAUAAUAAGUCCACCCAUACCUGGUGAUAAGUCGACCCAUACCUGGUAAUAAGUCCACCCUAUCUGAUAAUAAGUCCACCCUAUCUGAUAAUAAGUCCACCCUAUCUGAUAAUAAGUCCACCCAUACCUGGUAAUAAGUCCACCCUAUCUGAUAAUAAGUCCACCCAUACCUGAUAAUAAGUCCACCCCAUACCUGAUAAUAAGUCCACUCAUACCUGGUAAUAAGUCCACUCAUACCUGAUAAUAAGUCGACCCAUACCUGAUAAUAAGUCCACCCAUACCUGGUUAUAAGUCCACCCAUACCUGAUAAUAAGUCCACCCAUACCUGAUAAUAAGUCCACCCAUACCUGAUAAUAAGUCCACCCAUACCUGCUUAUAAGUCGACCCAUACCUGAUAAUAAGUCCACCCAUACCUGGUAAUAAGUCCACCCUAUCUGAUUAUAAGUCCACCCAUACCUGGUAAUAAGUCCACCCUAUCUGAUAAUAAGUCCACCCAUACCUGGUAAUAAGUCCACCCAUACCUGGUAAUAAGUCCACCCAUAUAAUGUAUAUAUAGCUAUUCAGUAAAAUUGUAAACUAAUGCUAUUUCCUUAAUAAGUCCAUCCCCUGACACUGAAUACAAACGACCCCUGAACUUAUUGAAGGCUAAUGCUAUAAUGAUCUAUAACUGCAUUGUUCAAUGUUAUUGAACACAAAAACAAUGAUCUUGAAAUAAUUUGACACAAAGAAAGUAAAAUGUUAUAGUAAUAUAUUUAAUUUAUAUGUUUUACAAGGAUAUCGGCUAAAUUAAUCAGGAAGAGUGAGAAUGAGUCAGUAUUUAUAAUGGAAAUGUAAGUCAGAAAAGAAAAAAUUGAUAUAUAAUCAGAAAUGUUUUCUAAAACCUGUGGAUAUAAUGAUUGCAAAUUGAUGAUCCUCACCAAAGAUGAUUGGGUGGUGCAGUUCAAUUAGGGUGGAAUCCCUGAUUAAAUGUGAUAAGGUUUCUUGCUGUCAACUGCCUUAAGAUCCAAACUUCCAAAAGCUCCACAGUGAUAUUCAUUAGUCUAAGUUGCUUUAACUUUGGGUAAAAAGAUAUUAAAAAUUUUCAGUUAUAAUUGUCAACAUUGCACCUACCUGAAGUAUAGAAAACAUAUUGCUCACUAGAAUUGUAUAAUGUUUCAUUUGUUGCAUUGUUGAAUCAAAGUGGUCUGUAUUAAGAUAACAUAUACAGUGAUGUGGUUCGUGAUGAAUUGGUAUCAUAACCGUAAAUGUGUGACGUUAUACAUGUAAUGAUCAUUCCCUUAUAAUCUUUAACAAUUAUAAGCUUUAAUAGGAUAUUGGCUUUGCUAUAUUUAGCCCACAUCUAAUAGAUGGUGGGUUAUUCAAAUCGCCCUGCGUCCGUGGUCCGUCUGUCUAGGCGUCCGUCCGUCCAUAAACAAUUCUUGUUACCGCUAUUUCUGGAAAAGUACUGGAUGGAUCUUUCUCAAAUUUCAUAUGCAGGUUCCCCUUGGUCCCUAGUUGUGCAUUGUACCUUUCUUUAACUGAUUCGCAUUCAAGAUGACCGACAGGUGGCCAUCUUGGAUUUUGGAAGUAAAAGUUUGUUACCGCUAUUUCUGGAAAAGUACUGGAUGGAUCUUUCUCAAAUUUCAUAUGCAGUUUCCCCUUGGUCCCUAGUUGUGCAUUGUACCUUUUUUGGACUGAUUCGAAUUCAAGAUGGCCGACAGGCAGCCAUCUUGGAUUUUGGAAGUAAAAGUUUGUUACUGCUAUUUCUUGGAAAGUACUGGAUGGAUCUUUCUCAAAUUUCGUAUGCAGUUUCCCCUUAGUCCCUUGUUGUGCAUUGUACCUUUUUUGGACUGAUUCGAAUUCAAGAUGGCCGACAGAUGGCCAUCUUGGAUUUUGGAAGUAAAAGUUUGUUACCGCUAUUUCUGGAAAAGUACUGGAUGGAUCUUUCUCAAAUUUCAUAUGCAGUUUCCCCUUAGUCCCUAGUUGUGCAUUGUACCUUUU